UUCUUUGUCUGAGUGGUUUUAGAGUAUGUUUUAAAUUAAAUCUCUCUUUCCGUUUUCUUCUGCACCAUACACACCAUUUUUUUAUUAUAUUAUAUUAUAUACUAUGUGAACUUGUAAUAUGAUUUUAUAAAAGUGAUUUCUUAUUCAUAUGGUUAUCUUUGUUUGCUCCUUAAUUUAUGGGAAAAGAAAUAUGGUGUGCCCACUUUUCAAGAUUUGACAGAGAUAUGAAAGUCAUGUGAUUUGGAGUUCAUAUUUAUCCAAAAGAGAGUGAAUGUUUUUAUUAUUAUUUUUUUUGUUUCUAAAAACCUUUGAUUCUGGAAAGAGAGAGAGAGACAGACAGACACAGGAUCAGUAUUGAGUGGCUGUAAUUGUUGUUUUGAGAUUCCUUCACUUUUCUGUGUGUCAUUUGAGUGUGUUGUAGCUGAAUUCAGAUCUGUGAAUAAACUGAAGAAGAACUUUGAGGAGAAAUAAGGGUAAUGGAUCUUCACCCUGGAAAGUGUUGGGACAACUCUAAGAAGGGUUCUUGGAAGACUAUUAUGCUUUUGGCUUAUCAAAGCCUUGGUGUUGUCUAUGGAGACUUGAGCAUUUCUCCAUUGUAUGUUUUCACUAGCACUUUUGCUGAAGAUAUUGAACAUUCUGAGACCAAUGAAGAGAUUUUUGGCACACUUUCUUUUGUUUUCUGGACACUGACAUUGAUUCCACUCUUCAAAUAUGUUUUUGUUGUUCUUAGAGCUGAUGACAAUGGAGAGGGUGGUACUUUUGCUCUCUAUUCAUUGAUUUGUAGGCAUGCAAAAGUUAGUCUUAUUCCAAAUAGACAGCAUGCUGAUGAAGCACUUUCUACUUAUAAGAUGGAGGAAGCUCCAGAAAAAGAUACUAAUAAAAUGAAGAUGCUGCUUGAGAAGUACAAGGCCUUGCAUACUGCUCUUCUGAUUGUGGUUCUUCUUGGUACUUGUAUGGUUAUUGGGGAUGGAGUACUUACUCCAGCCAUUUCUGUUUUCUCAGCAGUAUCUGGUCUUGAAGUAUCCAUGUCCAAGACACAUCACCAAUAUGCUGUGAUUCCGAUCACUUGCUUCAUAUUGGUGUGUUUGUUUGCACUUCAACACUAUGGUACACAUAAGGUGGGAUUCUUUUUUGCACCAAUUGUGCUGACAUGGCUACUAUGCAUUAGCACACUUGGCAUAUAUAAUAUACUCAAAUGGAAUCCACAUAUAUAUACAGCUCUUUCGCCGUAUUAUAUGUUCAAGUUCUUGAAAAAGACAAGGAUAAGUGGAUGGCUGUCUUUGGGUGGAAUAUUACUUUGCAUAACAGGCUCAGAAGCUAUGUUUGCUGAUCUUGGUCAUUUCACAUAUAUGGCUAUUCAGAUUGCGUUCACCUUUCUGGUAUAUCCUGCACUUAUAUUGGCGUAUAUGGGCCAAGCUGCUUACUUGUCAUGUCAUCAUAAUUCUGAUCUACAAAUCAGUUACUAUGUCUCAGUUCCAGAAAGUGUGAGGUGGCCGGUGCUUAUCUUAGCUAUUCUAGCUUCUGUUGUGGGGAGCCAAGCGAUCAUCAGUGGAACAUUUUCUAUCAUAAACCAGAGCCAGUCUUUAGGCUGCUUCCCAAGAGUUAAGGUUGUUCAUACAUCAGACAAGAUACAUGGUCAAAUCUACAUCCCAGAAAUUAAUUGGAUACUCAUGAUCCUAUGUAUCGCUGUUACCAUUGGGUUUAGAGACACAAAACACAUGGGAAAUGCAUCAGGGCUAGCAGUGAUGACUGUGAUGUUAGUAACAACAUGCUUAACUUCUUUGGUGAUUGUAGUGUGUUGGCAUAAACCUACAAUUUUAGCCCUUUGUUUCCUAUUGUUUUUUGGUUCUGUCGAACUGCUAUAUUUCUCGGCUUCAGUAACAAAGUUUCGCGAGGGUGCGUGGCUCCCAAUCCUCCUUGCCCUCUUUUUAAUGAUUAUAAUGUUCCUUUGGCACUAUGCAACGAUCAAGAAAUAUGAAUAUGACCUCCACAACAAGGUAUCUCUAGAAUGGCUUCUAGCUUUAGGUCCAAGCUUAGGAAUUGCUAGAGUCCCCGGAAUAGGCCUUGUUUUCACAGAUCUCACCACUGGCAUUCCGGCAAACUUCUCCCGCUUUGUCACCAACCUCCCUGCUUAUCACCGCAUCCUUGUUUUCGUAUGCGUAAAAUCAGUACCUGUGCCUCAUGUCACUGCUGCAGAGAGGUACCUUGUUGGCCGAGUAGGACCUGCUGCUCAUCGAUCGUAUAGGUGUAUAGUAAGAUAUGGAUAUCGCGAUGUUCAUCAGGAUGUUGAUUCAUUUGAAACUGAAUUAGUACAGAAGCUGGUUGAUUUCAUCCAAUAUGAUUGGUAUCGAACACGUGGGAGUAACAUGAGCAUUGAGGAUGAUGGUUCACACUCGAACGAAUCAUCAAGUCACAGAUUAACUGUGAUUGGAACAACUAGUUUCUGCAGCCAACAAGGAUAUGAGAGUCAGCAGAGUGUGCAGCCUGCAGGAAGUGUAUCAGUUGGCUUCCCAACAGUACAGAGCAUGACAGAUGUUAUUGAAAUGGAACAGAUGGAUGUAACCCAACGACGAGUGAGGUUUGCUAUUGAUGAUGAUCAUGAAAGUGAUACAAGGUCUGAGGUUGGUGUUCAAAUGCAGGAAGAGCUGGAAGAUCUUUAUGCUGCUCAAGAAGCUGGCAUUGCAUUCAUUCUUGGACAUUCUUAUGUGAGAGCAAAGCAAGGCUCAUCACUGUUGAGGAAAUUGGCACUUAACUAUGGAUACAAUUUCUUGAGAAGGAAUUGUAGAGGAACUGACGUAGCGCUUAAGAGUUAUUAUAAGUUAUAACUACAUACAGGCUUUAAUGGCAAGAGCAAUGUGCAGUUUACAAAGACUUUUGUUAAUGGGACUGUGGAAGUGAGAGUGAUUCUGUUCUCCUCAUGAAAUUUGACAUAAUUUUAUGCAACAUGGGUGAAGAAGGCUUAUAUAAAUGUUACAAUUUGCUGUACUGGAUAAUGUUGUAUUUGUUAAUCUGUGGUCCUGUAACUGUAAGCAGAAUUCUAAUUAUCUAUAUGAGGAUUGUUAGUUUAAGACA